AUGGCCUACCAAGGCUCUGGUUCUCAUUCGCCGCCUCAGUACGACGAUAACGGCCACCGACUUCAGGAUCUGCCCCAUGGUUCGUACGAAGAAGAGGCGUCGAGAGGAUUGCUAUCCCACCAGCAAGGUCCCUUCACAGGCCCGUUUGAUGACCCUCAUCAGCAUGGUUCGUCUACUACCAGACCCGUUUCUGGAUACAGUUUGAGCGAGACCUAUGCCCCCGAAGCGGCGUAUCAUGACCCCUAUACUCAACCCAGCCCUGGCUCAGUCUACUCGGCUCAGUCUGCGGAGAAUCCGGCGGCGGCUUUCGGUGUCCCUGGACGUGUCGCGUCCCCCUAUGCUCGAAGUGACACUUCAUCCACAGAGGCAUGGCGCCAGCGACAAGCUCCCGGAGGCGGCCCCGGUGGGUUGCGGCGUUAUGCUACCAGAAAGGUCAAGUUGGUGCAGGGUUCCGUCCUGAGUGUCGAUUAUCCUGUUCCUAGCGCGAUCCAGAACGCCAUUCAGGCCAAGUACAGAAACGAUCUCGAGGGUGGAAGUGAGGAAUUUACGCACAUGCGAUACACCGCGGCCACCUGCGAUCCCAACGAAUUUACACUACACAAUGGUUACAAUCUUCGACCUGCGAUGUACAACAGACAUACCGAACUGCUCAUUGCGAUCACCUAUUACAACGAAGACAAGACACUCACUUCGCGUACACUGCACGGUGUCAUGCAGAACAUUCGCGACAUUGUGAAUCUGAAAAAGUCCGAGUUUUGGAACAAGGGUGGUCCUGCCUGGCAGAAGAUUGUGGUCUGCCUGGUUUUUGAUGGUAUCGACCCUUGCGACAAGGACACUUUGGAUGUUCUUGCGACAAUCGGUAUCUACCAAGACGGCGUCAUGAAGCGUGACGUCGAUGGCAAAGAGACUGUGGCUCACAUUUUUGAAUAUACGACUCAACUGUCUGUGACUCCGAAUCAGCAGCUGAUCCGCCCCACCGAUGACGGUCCCAGUACACUUCCUCCGGUCCAGAUGAUGUUCUGUUUGAAGCAAAAGAACAGCAAGAAGAUCAACUCCCACAGAUGGCUCUUUAAUGCAUUUGGUCGCAUUCUCAACCCCGAGGUCUGUAUUCUUCUUGAUGCCGGUACAAAGCCUGGUCCUAAGUCACUUCUGUCGCUUUGGGAAGCCUUCUAUAACGACAAAGAUUUGGGUGGUGCUUGUGGUGAGAUUCACGCCAUGUUGGGUAAGGGCUGGAAGAACCUGAUCAACCCGCUCGUUGCCGCCCAGAACUUCGAAUAUAAGAUCAGUAACAUCCUCGACAAGCCCUUGGAGAGUUCAUUUGGUUAUGUCAGCGUCUUGCCUGGUGCCUUCUCAGCUUACCGAUUCCGCGCAAUUAUGGGCCGCCCUCUCGAGCAGUAUUUCCAUGGUGACCACACUCUUUCAAAGCAACUGGGCAAGAAGGGUAUCGAGGGAAUGAACAUUUUCAAGAAGAACAUGUUCUUGGCCGAAGAUCGUAUUCUCUGUUUCGAGUUGGUGGCUAAAGCUGGUUCAAAAUGGCACCUGACAUAUGUCAAGGCCUCCAAGGCUGAAACCGACGUACCAGAAGGCGCUCCGGAAUUCAUUUCGCAGCGUCGUCGUUGGCUGAACGGUUCGUUCGCUGCCGGUAUUUAUUCGCUCAUGCACUUUGGUCGGAUGUACAAGAGUGGACACAACAUCGUCCGCAUGUUCUUCCUGCACAUCCAAAUGUUGUACAAUAUCUUCUCAACGAUUCUGACAUGGUUUUCCUUGGCUUCUUACUGGCUUACUACCACCGUCAUCAUGGACUUGGCUUUCCCGUUCGGCAAGACUGCAACUCCCAUUAUCAAUACCAUCGUGAAAUAUGUCUACUUGGGAUUUCUACUGUUGCAAUUCAUCCUCGCCCUGGGUAACCGUCCAAAGGGUUCGAAGUUCUCAUACCUCGCGUCUUUCGUGGUUUUCGGCAUCAUUCAGGUCUACGUGGUUAUUGAUGCGCUGUACCUGGUGGUGCGUGCCUUCACUGGAAGUGCUCCUAUGGAUUUCACCACAGACCAAGGCGUUGGCGAGUUCCUGAAAUCGUUCUUUUCGUCCAGCGGUGCCGGUAUCAUUAUCAUCGCCCUCGCUGCUACGUUCGGUCUCUACUUUGUGGCAUCCUUCAUGUAUCUGGACCCCUGGCACAUGUUCACGUCCUUCCCUGCCUACAUGUGUGUCCAAUCGUCAUACAUCAAUAUCCUGAACGUCUACGCUUUCAGCAACUGGCACGACGUCUCGUGGGGUACCAAGGGCUCAGACAAGGCAGACGCUCUACCCUCUGCCAAGACCACCAAGGAUGAGGGCAAGGAGGUUGUCAUCGAGGAAAUCGACAAGCCUCAGGCUGAUAUCGACAGUCAGUUCGAGGCAACGGUCAAGCGUGCCCUAACACCCUAUGUGCCACCAGUCGAGAAAGAGGAGAAGACUUUGGAAGACUCGUACAAGAGCUUCAGAACGAGACUGGUCACGUUUUGGAUCUUUAGUAACGCAUUUUUGGCCGUUUGCAUCACCAGUGACGGUGUGGAUAAAUUCGGCUUCACGAAUUCUGCUACCGACCGGACGCAGCGUUUCUUCCAGGCUUUGCUGUGGUCCAACGCCGUCGUUGCCCUGUUCCGUUUCAUCGGAGCCUGCUGGUUCCUGGGCAAGACAGGUUUGAUGUGCUGCUUUGCUCGGCGUUAG